CGGGGUAAAGAGUUCCAGUCGAAAGGGAGAUCCUGCUGUGAGAGGAGAGAUAAAAUUGAGACUUUUUUACAAUUCAUUCCAUUUGUGUUUUACUUACUUACUUUUCUUUUUUUAUGCGAGAAUAGCUUGAAUUUCAUUAGUUACACGAGGUCUUUAAACUCGGGAAGUCGUUAAUUUUUAAUAAUCCGUGCAAUUUUUGAUACAUACUUUUUUUCUUAAGCCGGCCAGUGGGGAUAAGGGUGAGAUUUUGGAUAAGAAUUAUCACGCCAUAUUUUUUGUGGAGAGGAAAUUCAUAGACAGAAAAAGGGACAUAAUUAAUUCUAGUCAGUGAAAAUGGUUCCGUGGAGACCACUUGUUACCGUCGCGAUAGGAUUUUGCGAAUCCUUGAUUUUCUCCGGGUUAAUUUUUGGGUGGCCGAGUUUGGUUCAUGUGUUACAAAUUGAGGGGGUUUAUUCACACUUGUGUCUCACUGGGGAGGAUUAUGGUCAAAAUGCGACUAGUUUGUUGCUUGGAGGAGGAAAUAAUGCGACUGGAGAUGACCACGUGAUCAUUAAAUGUAAAGACCAAGACAACAUGUUCGGUCUGUUAUAUUCCGUCAUGUUGGCAGCAUUUGGCAUUCCAUCCGUAAUUAUUGGAUUCUCCCUGGACUACUUGGGUCUCCGGUAUACGAGAUUGUUCGGAAACACAAUGGUUCUGGCUGGAUUUUUAUCGCUGUCUUUCGCAACAGCAGAAACCCCGUGGCUCCUAUGGCCUGGAAUGCUGUGCAUUUGCCUUGGUGCGAACACCCUCCGGUUGUGUGCCCUCCAGUAUGGGAACGCUUGGCCGGAGAAGCGAUCAACAAUCAUGUUUCUGUACACGUCUGCCCAUGCUAUCUCCACGACGGUGUUUCUCAUGUUUCAGUACGCCAAUUCCGCCGGCUUAUCCCUACAAACGUCAGCCUUAGCAGUUUCUGUAAUCUGUGGUCUGACUUUCGUCAGCACUUUCAUCCUUCCCAAAAUGAAGGUGGAAGAACCAGCCGCUCCUGAGCCGGAAUACAAGGAGAAAAUCCCAAUGAAAUCAUCCAAGGAUAACGUUUUUCUGGAGAAAUCUCGAGAAGCUGGAGAACUGGAGAGGAGCGUGGGUCAUCUCGACAAAGAGGAAAAGAGCCAAUCCGACACUACCGUCAUUCCGUUGAUGGAAUCCAUCAAAACCAUGUCAUUCGUACUCCACAUGAUCUGGCUCAUCAACGUCUACAUGUUACGAUUCUACAUUACGAGUUUUAACACGUGGGCGUGGAAGACGACAAACGAUGCGAGUCAAGUUGCGUUUUACAACUCGUUUGCUGGCACGUGUUCCUUAAUUUCGCCAUUUAUCAGCCCAAUUGGAGGAAUUGUGACGGAUUAUAUUACAAAGAAGGCUGGACAGAAGGAGGACAAAGUGGAACGACUCGCAUCGAAAUUCCAAGCUCCCGUUUUAAUCCUUUGUGUAACUACGACACUAAUUUUGUCGGUUUAUGUGUGCAAAUUAUUCUACUCUCCGUUGGCUGUGUACAUUUCAAUCGUGAUGGUCUCGAUAGCCAGGCCGGUUACUAUAGCGAGUGUGUAUACCUAUGUGCGAAUUAGGUUUUAUCCGGAACAUUUCAACCGACUCACGGGAUUAGGAUUUACAGUGAUUUCUAUAGUUUGUCUGGCCCAGUAUCCGAUGUAUGUUUGGCUUUUCCAUUCCGAUGAGAGUUACACUCUGGCGAGCACAUCCUUUUGCAUAGUGAUUUUGUGCACGUUCAUCAGCCCUGGACAUUUGAUGCUUAGACGAUUCCCACUUCGAUUUGCAGCAGAAGAGAUUCGAAAUCGAAAAAAUGUUUAAUUCCAUUUGUGUUUUGUCAUUACUAAAGAGAUACGAUUAUGUAAUAUGGUAGACUAUUUUUAGUAGAGUUAUGUAUCUAUUUCCAGAGUUGUAUUUUAUUCAUCAUGUAAAUUUUUAAUAAAAUCAAAGUAAUUGCUGUACUUUAUAAA